UAUUAUUCGUUACAAAACUCAACACACUCGUGUCGUCUCGUAUAAACAAACAACUGCAGCCGCAGCCUGUCUCACUGGCCACUCGUAAGUCGUAACUGUCCGUCCGCGUUCAGCACAUCCACGUACGUCGCACGUUACAGUUUUUGUUUUUUAAACGUCAACGAAUUUAUCGCCGGUCCGCGUCCCGGUGUCAGUCGACCUACCGUAAACAAUCGCCGUAGAGGUGCGUCUAACGAAGCGCGCCACCAGACCGGAGACGACGAUCACGAUAUCGUAACUCAACCAGCGUCGUCACAAUUACCGCCGCGAUGUCCGAAGUGGCUGCCGAGAACAACGUACCUUCAGUUCAGGAAGGUGAGAAGCGUGGACGUAAGAGAAAUACAGGAUCUCGUACUAGUGCUAUAAAUGCAACCUAUGCUGAAGCUGAACUGAUUACCAAGGGAUUGAAUAAUACUGAUGAUGUUGAUGGAAGGAGAACGACCAGAUCCUCUACACGAGGUUCAACUGCAGCAUCGAAAUUAAAAAAUGAACCUCCAGCAAAAAAAGAGAAAAAAACACCAGCCGUUAAAGGCAAACGAGGAAGGCCAAAGGCAGUCACGAAAGAAGAGAGUGAAGAAGUAGUAUCGGCUGAAGAAAAUGGUAUUGCUGAUAAUGAUGUAGACUCUAAGGCUGAUAAGGGUGGAAGUUCCACAGAAGAAGAAGUAGAUUCAAAAACCGAAGAUAAAAUUGAAAAUGGAAAUUCAUCAGCUGAAGAAGAGAAGAAAGUCGAAGAGACAAAGGAAUCAACUGAUGAAUCUGAUAAGCCUGCAGUAACAGAGGAAAAAAAAGAGUCCUCAAGCCCGUAAGAUACGAAUCAAAAUGCUAAAAUACUUUAGUGUUUAAUAAGUUUAAUGUUAAGCAAGAUAUUUAAUACUUAAAUUUAUUCUGAUAGUUAUUAUCAUGAUUUUGGUACAAGUUUAUUUUAAUUUAGUAACUACACUUUUUUUUUAACUAGCCUAUCCUGGUGAUAGGCAUUGACUUAAUUCUGGGCAAUUGAAUUUCAUCCCAUGUAAUAAAUAUAGUUCUCAAACACUUCACGUAAAGAAAAAAAACAUUACAUACUGAUUAUGUUACCAUUAUAUGUAUUGCCAAUAUUGGCAAACUUCCUAUCGCAGUUAUUUUGUAUUGGAUUUAAUCUGUCCGAUUAAUUUAAAUAAUUUGUAAUUCACACUAAUAUUUACUUAUCUUUUUUUGUAACAAAAAAAAAAAGAAAAAAAAAACUAUUUAAAAUAUAAUAGAUAUUUUGUUUAAUAUAAUGUUGACUCAGAUAUAUUAUUAAUAUUAUUAUUUAUUUCAAUGAAAAUUCAAAUUUAUAUUUUUGUUUUUGUGAAGAGAAAUGUAAUUAAAGUUGUGCGGAUGAAAAAAAUUCUAAAUAUUUUGCAUGCGUUCAAUAAAAAAAAUUAUGAAUUUUGUCAUUUUAAAUAUCUAUAUAUCUACUAUACAUAUAAAUAUAGUACUUAGAGUGGUUUGUAGAGAAGCAAUCAAAUUGGUCGUAGGUAUACGUAUAUAUUUUUUUUAAACAUACGACUAAACUUCUAACCUCCUUUUUCAAUUCAGUUUAAAUUGUUCUAUAGACACUAGACAUGUGAAUUAUUUCUAAUUAGGUAUAAAUGAAGUAUAUAUUUUAUAGGUAUUAAUAUGAACAAUAAAAUGCGUGAUUUAUUAAACAAAAAUAUAUGCCGUCUACUAUCA